AUGUCGACUUUCUGCUAGUUUUGAAUUCUGUCCUGGGGUUGAAGUCUCCAGUUUUAAUUCUCUCUCAGGUUCAGUUAUCUCCAGGGCCUUAUUACAGACGUUCGGUUUCUCCUGGGUGAGUCAUCGCUCUCCCAGGAGAAACCCCAAAUGUGGCAGAUGUUCAGGGUUUUUCUCCCAGAGUAAAAAUGGUGGCUCCAGGAGGAAAAUAACUUAGAACAACCAAACUUAAAUCUCUCCCAGGAGAAUGGGAGAGCGAAUGUCUGUACUUGCUUGAAUUCUCUCUGAAGUUGAAUUCUCUCCUGGGUUAGUGGUGGGUGCCUGGGUGAGACUUGCUUCUAUCCCACACACUUGCCCUCUCUUUCUCUCAUUGCUGCUGCCUCUCCCUGGGGAGAAUUUGGGCCCCAAAAUGGCUUCUUCAACAUGUUUUUCUGUCACUUUCCUUCCUGUUCAAAUAUCAGCGGAUAUCACUUGACCCCUUCAUGGACAUCGUAAAAGAAGUGGGGCUGGAUCUAGAGGUCACAUUUAGUCCAUCCCCCUGCCUGAGGCAGAAUCAGCCUUGUCCAAACUAUCCCAGACACAUCAUCAAACCUCUUUGUAAAACAACUGUCAGCCUUGACACAGGUAAAGCAGCGGGACCAUGGCAGCCCAGAGUCUUGCUGCUGCAAAAGGUUGUUAAUAUACGCUCGACAGACUUCAGGCAGAGGCCUUGCCCCUGCUACAGUGGAAGCCAACCUCCUCUUUGCCCCCAUCUGACCAGGGGAGAUUCCCUCUGCUGGCUGGGAUCACAAAGGCUCCUUAAGAUUCCCUGGCCUUAGCUGAUCCUAAAUUAACCCAGCACUAAUAAACCUGGCAGCUGCCAGGGUCCCUUCUACUACUCCUGCUAUAUAUUACAUACAUUAUACACUUAACUGGUUAAUUAUGCAAUAUAUUUUGUCUGGCCACAUGUCUAUCCAGGUAUAAAAACAGCCAACAUGCUAUGAAGUUAGUGCUUGAAAAUGCGUAACGACUGUAUAGCUGGUUUCUAUCUAGCUUUAAUUGGAAUGUGUAGCAGGGCCCCGUGAUUAGCUUGGGCUUAGAUCACUUGAGGCCUGGAGGGAAGAAUAAGCUAUGCUGUUCUUGAGGAAGGGGGGAUGGAGAGGGUGGGGUAGUUUGCAAGGUUAAAAAGCUAUUUUGCAAGCAGUUUUCGUGCCUUUUUGGCUGUGGUUUCUCAGCUCUACAGGCCCUGAUUGGAUGCCUGUGCUCCCAAAAAAGGGGUUGCACCUCUUUGUCGGCAAUAGAGCGAAUGAAGAAAGGAAGUCGCUGGCCACAAGCAGGCUUACAAGGAGCUGGAAAUAGAAGCGUAAGACGCAUGGAGACAGCCUUUGCUAGCCCCUGAAGCAGGUUAUUUUAGUUUGCGGGGGCCACCUGUUGCAGCACCUCGGUUUGCAGAGGCCUGGGGACCCAUUAGCCAGGCAACCCGCUUGCCUCAUACUAACUGCUGCCUUUCAGGCACACCCAGUCCCUGCUCUAGCUGUGCAGAGGCCUAGCUAAAGGCAAGGGCAUCUUUUUGGCUAGGAGAUGAGGGUGGCAGGGACUGGUACUGACACCAAAUCUUUACCUGCCAGAAAAUCAUGGAAAGAAACCCUGUUUUGAGGGGGUGGACAUUGACACUAAAACUUGCUGAUGAGAAAACCAACCUGCCAGGAGAUUGUGGAAAAAGUUACAAAGAACCUGUUUCAAGGGGGAUAUGUGCUAACUCUGAAACCUACUGACAACUAAUCUGACCUGCUGGGAAAUCAUGGGAUAAGGCAUAAAGAACCUGUUUUUGAGGGCACGCAUGUUGACUCUGAAGCCUACCGAUAACAACUCUGACCUGACAGGAAACCUUGAAAAGAGGCCAAAGAAUCCAUUUUGAGGGGUUGAGUGUUAACUGUGAAUUCUACUAACAACAAAUCAACCUUCCAGAAAAUCAUGAGAACACAGAGCCCAGACAUUGCUGUCCUCAAGGGCUGUUUACACCCAGGCAAAGGUCCAAAUCUUUGCUCUGAUUUCAGUAGGGGCAAAAGGCUGUACCCCACCUACCCCUGAAGGUGGGGAUGGUGUCUAGGCUCCCAUUGUCCCCUACCAUAACCUGCCAGCCCCAACUACCAGAGUGAGGACGGAACCUAGGUAUCCUGGCUCCCAGCCCCAGCCCCCCUACUCCAACCAAUAGGCAUCCCACUCCCUGACCGAGCCCAGGCAUCCUGGCUUCCCAUUCACCAGACCCCGCUUGGCUCCCAGCAUGAACCGAGGUGUCCUGACUCCCUUUCCCCCACAACACCCUCCCCACAGAUCUGUCCUGAUCCCCUAAUCUCUCCUGAGGAUGGAACCCAAAUGUCCUGGCCCCUCUUCCCUCAGCCUUGGGGACAGAACCUAGGCCUCCUGGCUCCCAGCUGGCUCCCCCACUCCCAAGAGCUAAGGAAGAAACCCAGGAGUCCUGGGCCCAAGUCCCCCUUCCACUGACUCCUGGUCCACUUAAGAGGGCUACCCGCCCCCACAUGCUCAGGGUGUGGGGUGAAGUGAGGCCAGAGCGGCUGUUGGGAAAAGGCGGGAAAAGCAAUUGGAGCGGGGAGGGGCUGAGGAGGAGGCAGCUUCAAGCCCACUCCCCUACAGCAGCCUAGGGGGCAGCAGGGCCAUGGCGAAGAAGGGGGAGGACCUGGGGCCCAAGGCAGAGGAGCUGCUGUUGUUGGUGAAGCAACUGCAGAAAGCAGGGGACCUGGAGCCCAGGAUCGAGGACCUGGUCAGCAGGAUCAAUAAACUACAGCAGGCCAAGCAGACACUGAGCACGGAGCUGGGUGAAGCCCGGGAGCGCAGUGAAGACCUGUGGAUGGAGCUGGAGGAGUUGACCAAGGAGCAGACAAACCUGGAGGACAUCCACUGGCAGAAAGAAGAGGCCUUGAGGGUGGCACAGGUGCAGUGCCAGGAGGCUGAGUCAGAGUCCCAUCGCCAGCAUGGCCUCUUGCAGGAGGUGCAGCAGCGCAUCCAGGACCUCACCAUGGGCAUCCAGGAGGAGACCCUCAAGCAGAGAAAGCAGAGGCUGGAGUUUGAGCAGCAGCUGGAUGAACUGAUGGAGAAGCACAAGACCCUGCAGGAAGGGCAUACCAUGGAUAAGCUAGCUGUUGAGAUCCAGAACAUGUCAGACAGCUGGGAGCGGCUGCUGAGAGAAGAUGAACUGAUCCAGGCCAAGCUGAUGCAGUUGAAGCAAAGUUGUAUGUGCUGGCCCAGGCUGGGGCUGGCGCCGUGAAGAGAGGAGGUUCCUGAAGAGCCCGGAGGCCAGUGCUGCCCUACAGCUGCUGCAGCAGGAGAACCAAGGUGCCCAUUCCCAGUUGGAGGUUGCCACCCAACGCCACUGCCAGGGGCUGCAGCGAUGCAACCGUGAGGGAUGCCUGGGUUCUGUCCAGUUCUGGGAGGGGAGUGUGACCUGGAAAGUUAGAAUGGGGCUGGAAGGUGCCUGGGUCCUUUUCAGCUCUGGGAGGGAAGUUGAGCCUGGUAGGUUUGAGCAGGGGGACUUGGAGCUGGGACACCUGGGUUCUCCCUAGCUCCAGGAAAGGAGUGUAGGCUUGGUGGGUUGGAGACCUGGGGCUGGAGCCCAGAUGCCACCGGUGUUCUGUCUGAGUUUUAGGAGGGGAGUCGGAGAGCAGAGGGGCCUGGGCAGCUGGACACCUGGGUUCCCUUCCAGCUGUGAGAGCUGGGGUCUCCUGGCAAGAUCAGGCUGCAGCCCUGGUGGCCAAGCCUGGCAG